AUGAUAAACGUAAUAACAAAAAAUAAAAAUGUGUUGGUUGGAAGGCCAUUAAUGAGGUCUACAGUUACUGAUUUUAUUGGAGGUAUUAACAAAAAGAAUGAUAUAAGAUUCCUUUGUUCCAGCAAUGUUCAGUUGACUAAUAAAACUUUUGAAGUAAGGGCUGCUGAAAAUAAAAUGUAUACUCCAACUUCCAAUUACCGCAAGAAUGACAGUGAUACUAAUAAUGACGCUGGCAGUAAUAGAACUAGCUAUAGUAAUAAGGUCACAAAUAUCUAUUUAUUGUAUUUGACUUUGGCCUUUACUGUUCCGUUUAUGCUAUCCUACCAUGAAUCUUUUAUUAAUAAUGACCAUAAUUUACCGUUGAAAAGAAAAGCCAAAUUAAAUCCAAGAACUGUCUUUGCUAAAUUCAUAUAA